UUAAUACUUCAGCACAAGUAUGCCUCAUGUUAUCACUAAAAUGAGCGCAUAUUUAUAACCAUAGAUCACAUUUUAUCAAUUAUAAUGUGCACGUGUGUUUGAUCACUUGUUUACCUAUCGUUCUUUUUAAAAUCCCCUCUUUAUGCUUUUCAGCAAAUCGAGUUGCAAGAUCGUGUAAAGCACCAUUACCACAAAAUUAUUUUCAAAAGUGAUUGUGAAACUAGUGUUUUUAUACAUUAUAAUUUGACAGCCAUACUCAAAGGAUUCACUCUCCAUGUCCGUUUGAACUCUGGUUAUCACUUCUCAGGCAUGUAGAAUUGAAGGCUUUAUAUUUUCAGUAGGUACCAUUUCAACACUCGAGACUGUCCGAGCAUUAUAUUCACAAAAAUGUGAGGUUAAUAAGCAAUUUUCCUUCCAUCUCUCUAAUUCAAACUGAAAAGAUAAAAAAAAGAAAAAAAAGAGAGAAAAAAAAAAAAAAACAGAACAGAACAGAUAACACUUAUACAAACGGAUGUUUCAAAGUUUUUGUGAACAUUAAUCAUGCUUAUCAAUUCUUAGCCCCCUGCUAAAAACGUAAUUUUCCUCUCAUGGGAGUAUUUAUAAUGCAACAGUGAUACCGUCUGAUAAUUCUUUAAAAUGACUGACUAUUUUAAUAUAACAUGUAGUUACAGUUUUUUUUACAAUUCUAAGUCAUGCAAAAAGUUUCGUAUCGUUAAAGAAAGUGAAGCAAAACAGAGCAAGAAAAUUUAAUUAUAGGUAUCAGAAACGUCAUCUACAACUGGCAACGUCAACCAUUACUGGCGCGCUACGUAUUGUGCGAUCUAUUGCCGUGAAUCUAUUUGCAAUAAGGCCAACAUCAUGCAAUAUAAACCGAAAAUAUGGAGCUGGUUUCUGGUGAUAAUUAUUGUGAUCUCUGUUGUUACUGCCGGUGUUCGAUUCUGUAUUUUUAGAGGUGGAUCUUCCGCUGAACCAACCCUGCGGUUCGUCAGCAUAAUUCAUCGGCACGGUGACAGAGCCCCUGAAGCUUCAUAUCCCCUGGAUCCGUACAGAGCCGACUCGUUUUGGCCGGAGGGACUCGGAGCUUUAUUGCAGAGUGGGAAAAUUGGAUUACACAGGUUGGGUACCUUUUUACGGCAACGCUACGACGGAUUUCUGUCAGCCAAGUAUUUGCCAGCAGAGAUUUUUGUCUUCUCCAGUUUCCAUGAUCGAUGUCUGAUGAGCGCAAGCCUUGUUUUGGCGGGGCUCUAUCCUCCACUCAGGACUCAACUUUGGGAUCCAGAUUUAAAGUGGCAGCCAAUCCCCAUCCAUACUGUUCCUUUGACACACGACGAUAUCAUUUGCGUAUCAAAACGUUGUCCACUCUUGUCAAAGGAAGAAGCCAAAUGGCUAGCCACCAUUCAACUGAAACUGGUAAAAGAUCAAGAACUUCUUAUGAACAUUUCAAAAGGAACUGGCCUUGACAUGAGUAAAAUCUUAAACGUCUACUAUGUAGAUGACAAUUUGAAGGUCGUGGAGGAGCAAGGUCUUCCACUACCUGAGUGGGCUCAUACUAUUAAUCGGGGUAGACUCCGCUCACUCAGCGAUAUCGGAGUCUUGAAACAUUUCGCAACACCCACUAUGAUCAAACUUAAAUCAGUUAGAACGCUAUUCGUUCCAAGGAAGGAAAGUGGCCGUGGCAGUGUCAAUAUUGGUUCCUCCUCUCAAAACUACUCUUGUGUUCUCAUAAAGGAGAUCUUGAUGAACAUGAAACUUAAAGCAAAUGCACGGGAAAGAUUUGAGCGUCGGCUACAUUUAUACUCUGCCCACGAUGGCACCAUUGCUUAUCUCUGGCGUGGUCUAAGCGUUACCUCAGAAAUUGAUAGAUCAUCCCUUUCCUAUGGAGCAGCUCUGAUGAUUGAGCUACACGAAAUCAAUGGCAAACAUCAAGUGAAAAUACUUUACAAAAGGAGCCACCUCGAUGACAAUUUGAUAGUGCUGAAAAUCGAAGGCUGCAAGGACAGUCGGGGCAAGGAAACUGGUGAUUUGUGCGAUCUCGAUAUUUUCUCAUCGGUACUACAACAUGUCGCUAUCGACAACUUCGAAAAAGCCUGCGAAAUUCCAAUAGAGCAAACCUGAUUUCACAAAUGCCCCGAUAUGAACUUUUUGCUCUAUACUUCUAUUGAAAAGGGUAUUUCACCACAAAAAUGACAAAAUAAAUAUAUCAGCUUUGACGCAGUCUAUAA